CACUAAUGGGACUGUCAUUUGGAGCACUGAGGUGGCAACCGUGGCUGGCAUUGUAGAGAGAAUCUGAUCCAGAAUCCAAUUGCAUAAGAGAGGGAAUGGUUACAAUGAUUCACAAAGCAAACCUUGGAAUUCGGGGGUGAGGUCAGGCCUGGCCUCACAGCAAGUAUCAGGAACGUCUUUGGAACUUCUCCAGGAUUGUAUCAGGUCCCAGAAGGACACACAGGAAGAGACUGGCGAAUAUUGUCAGGAUGUGGGAGGGCUUUGGACUGCAGGUGUUUCUGCUAUGUUUGGGUUUGGCAAUAUGCAGCCAUGCCUUCAUUCCCUCGGAACACACACACCGGCGAUGGCUAUCAUUGCAUAGACACAAGGAGAGGGGUAAGGAGGGUCAGGUCCUCCAUCGCUCCAAAAGGGGCUGGGUUUGGAACCAAUUCUUUGUUAUUGAGGAGUACACGGGACCAGACCCUGUACUUGUGGGACGGCUUCAUUCAGACAUUGACUCUGGAGAUGGGAACAUCAAGUACAUUCUUUCAGGGGAAGGUGCAGGUACUAUUUUUGUUAUUGAUGACAAGACGGGGAAUAUUCAUGCCACAAAGACAUUAGACAGAGAGGAGCAGGCCCAGUACACGCUGACAGCACAGGCAGUGGCCAGAGACACCAAUAAACCCCUGGAGCCACCUUCGGAGUUCAUUGUCAAGGUGCAGGACAUCAAUGACAACCCCCCUGAGUUUCUUCAUGGCCCGUACUAUGCCACGGUGCCAGAGAUGUCCAAUGUGGGUACUUCAGUUAUGCAGGUGACAGCCACAGAUGCGGAUGACCCAACUUAUGGAAACAGUGCCAGACUGGUAUACAGUAUCCUGCAAGGUCAGCCAUAUUUCUCAGUGGAGCCACAGACAGGGAUCAUUAGGACAGCCCUUCCCAACAUGGAUAGAGAGGCGCGGCAGGAAUAUGAUGUGGUCAUACAGGCCAAGGACAUGGGGGGCCACAUGGGGGGACUGUCAGGGACAACAGAAGUGAAGAUCACCCUGACAGAUGUCAACGACAACCCUCCCAAUUUCCCUCAGAGUGUCUAUGCCAUGUCCAUCUCAGAGGACAAAGUGCCUGGUGAGGAGGUGGGCAGGCUGAAGGCUAAGGAUCCUGACCUGGGGGAAAAUGGACUGGUGACAUAUCGCCUGAUUGAGGGAGAUGGGAUGGGCGUGUUUGAAAUCACUACAGACACUGAGACCCACGAGGGUGUCAUCAAAUUGAAAAAGGCAGUGGAUUUCGAAACCAAGCGGGCAUACACCCUGAGGGUGGAGGCAUCCAACAUGCAUGUGGACCCUCGCUUCCUUUCCUGGGGCCCUUACAAAGACACAGCCACCGUGAAGAUCAUGGUAGAGGAUGCAGAUGAGCCUCCCACCUUCACCGCACCUUCCUAUACUUUUGAGGUGGAAGAGAAUGCCCCUGACGGGACAGUGGUGGGACGGGUGCACGCCAAAGACACUGACCUCACUAACAGUCCUGUCAGGUACAUGAUCUCUCGCUACACGGACUUGGAACAGCUCUUUAGCAUUGGUCCUGAGGAUGGCGUCAUUAAAACAACAAGACCACUGGAUCGCGAGACACUGCCAUGGCACAACAUUUCUGUCAGUGCCACAGAAAUUGGUGGACAUCACCAGGAUGCAAAAGUCCGUGUCAACAUCAAAGUCAGAGAUAUAAAUGACAAUGCCCCGGAAUUCGCCACCCAAAAUGAAGUCCUUGUUUGUGAAAAUGUUGCACCUGGAAAACUUAUUGAGACCAUCAGUGCAGUGGACAAGGAUGAGAUGGCCCAUCGGCAGUACUUCCAUUUCAGCAUUGCACCUGAAGCUGUAAACAACCAGAACUUCUCUCUAAAAGACAACAGAGACAGCACCGCCAGCAUCUAUGUGACCCGAAAGGGCUUCAGUCGAAUGACCCAGGAUAUCUACUUCCUGCCUAUAGAGAUCAAUGACAAUGGACACCCUCCUAUGAGUAGCACCAACACAUUAACUAUCCGUAUCUGCAGCUGUGACAGCAAGGAUACUAUUCUUUCUUGCAAUGUGGAGCCCUACAUCCUGCCUGCAGGGCUCAGCACUGGUGCACUCAUUGCCAUACUGGCCUGUAUCGUCAUUCUGCUGGCCAUCGUUGUGCUGUUCGUGGCUUUACGCAGACAGAAGAAGGAGCCCUUAAUUGUAUUCGAGGAGGAAGACAUUCGGGAAAAUAUUAUAACGUACGAUGAUGAGGGUGGUGGUGAGGAGGACACAGAGGCCUUUGACAUUGCUACACUGCAAAACCCAGAUGGUGCCAACAGUUUCCUACCCCGCAAGGACAUUAAACCUGAACUGCAGUAUCCACUGCGGCCUGGAGUGCAGCCUUUAGCCAACAGUGUGGACGUGGAUGAUUUCAUCAAGACCAGGGUCUCGGACGCAGACAAUGACCCCACUGCACCACCCUAUGACUCCAUCCAGAUCUAUGGUUACGAGGGACGUGGCUCCAUUGCUGGCUCACUCAGCUCCCUGGAAUCGGUCACCACAGACUCAGACCUGGACUAUGACUACCUCCAAAGUUGGGGUCCACGCUUCAAGAAGCUGGCCGAUAUAUAUGGCACCAAAGACUCUGCUGAUAACAGCUCCUAACAACUAGGAGAUCUUCUUUAGCACCCCUGUAAUGGCAUUUAGUGUGUGAAGUUUACUAUAAGUAUACCACAAGUUCAUCUAUUUAUAGUAAACUUUGCUUUUAUUUGUUUCAAGUAUACUUGUAGUAUACUGCAUCCUUAUAAGGGAACUCAAUUUGAACAGGGUGAUGAGGGGAAGCCAAAAGAAAAAUGAUACUUUAGUGGGACACACUGAUACAUUAGGGUAUUAAACAGAUAUGAAAUUUUGGGAUAACAAGAUAAAAGAACCCCCUGUAUUCUGGUUAUGUUGAUUUGCUGGUUGCUGUAGGUUUGGCUUUACAGAAACCUCUGGGUAGUGGCACAUGGCUUACAGAGGGACAUUGAUCUGUUGAUACCGUAAGGGUGCUCAUGAUGGAAAAAAAGGUUGCCUUAUUAAAAAAUCAUACAGAGACAGUGACUGCUUCCGUAGCAUGUCCAUCUUGCAAAUGGAGAAUGUGUCCUGCCUGGGCUUUUUUUUUUUACAAUUACAGGAUGAUGGAUUUAAUAAAAACAGACACGCACUGAAGUGUUCUCUCAAUUCAGAAGAAAUACCCACUUUCAUCAAAUGAAAUAUCAAUAAAAAGCAAGCUGUGAGCUGAAAAAUGGCCUUAAAUUAUGGACACUUGCUACGCAGUGCAUUUUUAUAACUUGAAAAAUAUAUCCUAAAGCAAGCGCAAACCCAUCUAACACAUGUACAAUAGUGUCCCUUGAGGAUCAAACUUGUGCCCAUUGAUUAUUGUAAAUUUAUUUUUUGUGGUAAUAUUAUUAAGAUUAUCAUUUUGUUUUUUUUUUAUUCCUUAUUUUCAUUAUUGCUGUAUGUUCUUCUCCCUCUUGAGAAAACACCAAUUUGUCCUGUUGCA